GGACAGCAUCUCAACAGUGUGACUAGCUGUUGGACAAUGGCAGGAAGUUGGUGUGUUGUUCAGUCUCUGGCACUUUGUGUUUGGUUCUGUGCGUUCUGUCAUGCUGUUCCAAAGUGGAGUAAUCUGAAUCAAAGUCCUCAAGCUCUGAUGUUCCAGCAAACUGACCAGCGGGUUCAACAGCAAGCUAGUCAGCAGUUUCCUCAGUCAGUUCAAGCUAGUCAGCAGUUUCCUCAGUCAGUUCAAGCCAGUCAACAGUUUUCUAAGCCAGUUCAACAGCAAUCAAGUCAGUGGUUUCCUCAGUCUGUUCAACAGCAAGCUAGUCAACAGUUUCCUCAGUCAGUUCAAUGGCAAGGUAAUCAACAGUAUCCUAAGCCAGUUCAACAGCAAGCUAGUCAACAGUUUCCGCAGUCAGUUCAAUGGCAAGGUAAUCAACAGUAUCCUAAGCCAGUUCAACAGCAAGCUAGUCAACAGUUUCCUCAGUCCGUUCAACAAGCUAGUCAACAGUUUCCUCAGUCCGUUCAAGCUAGUCAACAGUUUCCUCAGCAGUUUCAGCCAGUGGCAAAGGCAGAGCCCGUUGACAAAUGUGCUGUAGCUGAUUAUGAGCAGAUCCAGUGUGGACCGCCUGGUAUCAGUGGUGCUGAGUGUGCAGCUAUUAACUGCUGCUUUAACGGACAGCAGUGUUUCUAUGGGAAGGCCGUGACUGUCCAGUGUAUAAGAGAUGGUCAGUUUGUGGUUGUGGUGGCUAGAGAUGUCACUCUGCCUCGUUUGAGCCUGGAUUCAGUCCGUCUCCUGGGUGGAAAUGAUCCAGCUUGCAGUCCUGUGGGAUCCACACCUUUCUUUGCCAUAUACCAGUUCCCCGUCACAGCGUGCGGCACGAGCGUGAUUGAGGACAGUGGGUAUGUGGUGUAUGAAAACAGAAUGACCUCCUCGUAUGAAGUUGGUGUAGGACCACUUGGCUCCAUCACAAGGGACAGCCAUUUUGAGCUUCUCUUCCAGUGUAGGUACUCUGGUACUUCUGUGGAAGCUCUGGUUGUGGAGGUCAACACUGUUCCUCCACCUCCACCAGUAGCUGCUCCUGGACCCCUCAGGGUGGAGCUUAGACUCGCAAAUGGUCAGUGUGUCACCAAAGGCUGUGCAGAAGGGGACGAGGCGUACACGUCCUACUACAGUGAUGCUGAUUAUCCUGUUACAAAAGUCCUGCGGGAGCCUGUGUAUGUUGAGGUUCACGUUUUGGAGAGGACCGACCCCAACAUUGUCCUGAUGCUGGGACAUUGCUGGGCGACGUCAACCCCGAGUCCACUCAGUCUACCCCAAUGGGAUCUUCUGGUUGAUGGAUGCCCUUACCAGGAUGAUCGUUACCUGACCACAUUGGUUCCAGUGACUGGAUCGUCUGGUCUUCAGUUCCCGACCCACUACAAGCGCUUUAUUGUGAAGAUGUUCACAUUUGUUGAUCCCUCAUCACUGGCUCCUCUGCAGGAAACCAUCUUCAUCCACUGUAGUACAGCAGUGUGCCAUCCCUCUUCUGGCUCCUGUGAGCAAAGCUGCGCUAGGAAAAGAAGGGACACUCCCAUCAAGACCAUCUCUAGUGGGCAAACUGUGGUGUCUAGUGGAGAAGUUAACCUGGUCAUGUGAAUUUAAAUCUAAUAAAUUGGCAUUGAUUUUCAUUGA